ACAUCCCUAAGUUGCAUAUUGUUUAUUAAAUUUUGACAAUUGUUUGUUUCAUUUGGCGAAGCGAGAUGAUUGAGGCGCGCACGCUGCACGAAGAGUCGAAGUACCAGGAGUCCGGCCGGGAGAUCUCGAUGAAGGUGCUCCGCGGCGAGUACCGCCUGCUCCGGCGGAAACACGGCAGCACCGUGUGGCAGGUUUACCGGGAGGUAGUCCGCACCGAUGGCGCCAUCAUCAAUGGGUUCUAUUUCUGUACCGGCUGCAAGCGCGUCAUGCGAUCCUUCAACACGUCGAAUUUGCGCACCCACAAAUGCCAUGUGGAGUACCUGCGGCGACAGGAUCCCAGCGCCGGUACAUUCUCGGAUGUGGAGCCCACCGUCGAACAGGAAGCUGAUCUUCCGCCGGAGCGCCGCAUAACCUGGAGCAAUUUCAAGCCAUCGGAGUGGUCCUUCCACGCUACCGAGCUGCUCCUUCAGCUCUGGGCAGCCAACUGCGUCGAUCUGCGGGACUCCCGUCGCCGGGUCAAGGUUAUCUGGAAAAUGACCGGUGAAAUGAAGUCCCUUCACUUCACUUUCACGGAAGUAAAGAACAAAAUUGAUGAUAUGGCCCAACGCUAUAGACGAGAAGCUCACUUGGAAAAAACAACCGGAGAGCCAUCCCAGUGGGAAUAUUUCGAGACCCUAAACUUGAUAUUUAAUGCCGAAAAGAACGUAGUGGGAGACAAGCCUAGAAAAUCGGAUAACUCUGGAAAUGAAUCCACCAAAAUAAGCGAAAAUAAUUCGUUUUCCAGUCAACAUGAUGAAACCUUGAAGGACAAACAUUACUCCAAGGAGCUAAAAGCCGGGACAAUUAAGAGGGAUAGCUUUGACCUAGGCGAGGACCAAGAUGACUCCCAGGAUGACGUGGACGAACUUCGAAUUCUGAAGGACAACAUUAUUAGGGAAAUAGAAGAAGAAUCAUCCACUGUACAUUCUCAGGAGAACUAUGAGGAGGAACUCGACCAACAGAACUCUACGAUCGAAGAAAUGAAGAGAACUAAACGCAAAAGAGCCGCCAGAAUUAUGGAAAUAGAGGAGGAAAAACUGAUCAUAGAACGGAAAAAAUGUAAACUGAUGAAGUUUUUUGUGCGUGAGAUGUCGUCGUUUCACAAAGACUUCAUGGAUUUACUUAGUUCUAAGUAAGCAUCAUAAAUAUGUUUCUAAAAUUUGAGUGAGCCGCCACACAAUAAGAUUCUUGAUAUGUUUAAAUAUAUUUAACUAUUCAUACCUCAUUUGUUACUUACAAAACGCACGCAAAUUAAUUUCAAAAUGUCCGACAAACUAAGAAAAUCACCCCCAAAAGUAAUCAAUCGGCAUGGCAAAGUAUUGAAUUUGGCAGUGGCUCAAUUUAAUAAGUUAAGAUAAUGUCGAUAUGCGAAUAAAAUACCUAAGAUUUUAAUUGAAAUAAAAUAAAAAUAACAUUUUUCCCUACA